CCAGCUGGUCGUGCGUCGCUGGCGAGGUUGUUGUUCGUUUCGCCGGUGUAGCCUACUGACUUGCUGUAUGUGAUAGGUAGGCUUAGGCUAGUCUAUUCAUUCGGAAAAUUCAACGCUUGGUAGAAAGUGAAAAUGCAGUCAUGGUGCACCAUAAUCUACUUAUUUCGAUAAACAGCAAAAAAAACGUCGCCCUCGCUGGAGUUGUGCCAUGUAGAGAAAGCAAGCUGGCUGUUGGUGCCGACAUUGCUUGUCUUGUAGAAUAAGAGCAUGUAUAGUUUCUCCAAAUGAUUGCGCUUCAACGCUCGAAUUUGCCACGCCAAUCAGAAUGAAUAAAUGCAAAACUUCUGCUAGCUCUUCCGUUCAAGGAGAGGAGCCAACUCCCUGCGUAAAGCUUCAGUGUAGCAGAGACGCAGCAGAACAUGAGGAGGAAGAAUUGGGAGAUCUUGAAAUUACGAAGUCCCCCAGUGACCCAAAGAAGUACAGGUACGUAGAGCUGAGAAAUGGUUUGAGAGUGCUUCUCGUAUCAGAUCUCAACAGAAGCGAUGGAGUGUCCUGUGACGGGCCAGAGGACACUGACACGGAUCUGGAAGAGAGUGAGGAAGAUGACGAGGAUUACUCCGGACAGAGCUCCGAGGCGGGAGGUGACUCCGUGGACAGCAGUAGAGAACAUAAGACUGGAAAGACAGGCAGUUCUGAGAAGCAGUCGGCAGCAGCCCUUUGUGUUGCUGUGGGCAGCUUCAGCGACCCAGAUGAGCUUCCUGGCCUAGCGCACUUCCUCGAACACAUGGUGUUUAUGGGCAGCAAGAAAUACCCCGCUGAGAAUGGUUUUGACGCUUUCCUGAAGAAACAUGGAGGGAGUGACAACGCCUCAACCGACUGUGAAAGAACUAUCUUUCAGUUUGAUGUUCAGAGAAAGUACUUUAAAGAGGCAUUGGACAGAUGGGCCCAGUUCUUCAUUUGCCCUCUGAUGAUCCAGGAUGCUGUUGAUAGGGAGGUGGAGGCUGUGGAUAGUGAGUAUCAGCUUGCUCGACCAUCAGACAGUCAAAGGAAAGAAAUGCUGUUUGGAAGUCUCGCCAAACCAAACCAUGUGAUGAGCAAAUUCUGCUGGGGAAAUGCUCAGACAUUAAAACAUGAACCCAAGGAGAAGGGUAUCAACACCUACAACCGUUUGAGGGAAUUUUGGAAGAGAUAUUACUCAGCCCACUUCAUGACCCUGGUUGUCCAGUCCAGAGAGAAGUUGGACACCCUUGAGGAAUGGGUUAGGGAGAUCUUCAGCAAAAUCCCAAACAAUGGACAGUCUCAGCCAGACUUCUCUCACCUGAAAGAUCCAUUUGAUACACCUGCUUUCAACAAGAUGUACAGAGUGGUACCUGUGAGGAAAGUCCAUGCUCUGAAUAUCACUUGGGCAUUACCACCUCAAGCCGUCCACUAUAGGGUGAAGCCUCUGCACUAUUUAUCCUGGCUGAUAGGACAUGAGGGUGCUGGGGGCAUCCUCUCACAACUACGAAAAAGGUGCUGGGCUGUGGCACUGUCUGGCGGGAACAGUGAAACAGGCUUUGACCAAAACACCACCUAUUCCAUCUUCUCCGUCUCAAUAAACCUGACAAGCAAGGGCUUCCAAAAUGUCUUUGAGGUGGCUGACUUGGUCUUUCAGUAUAUGAAGAUGAUGCAGGUGAUGGGGCCACAAGAAAGGAUUUACUCUGAAAUUCAGAAGAUUGAAGCAAACGAGUUUCAUUUUCAAGAACAGUCAGAUCCAAUUGAGUUUGUGGAGAAUGUCUGUGAGAACAUGCAGCUCUAUCCUAAGGAGGACUUCUUGACUGGAGAUCAGCUGAUGUUUGAGUAUGAUCCAAAGGUCAUCAGUGCGGCUUUGACCCUCAUGACUCCAGACAAGGCCAACUUCAUCCUGCUGUCUCCUGAGCAUGACAACCAGUGGGACUGCAAGGAGAAGUGGUUUGGUGCUCAGUACAGAGUAGAAGACAUACCUCAGAAGUGGAGAAGCCGCUGGGCUGGGGAUUUUGAAGCGAACUCUGACCUCCAUCUUCCUUUUGAAAACAAGUUCAUUGCUACGGAUUUUGCUCUGAAAACAUCCGACUGCUCUGAUACUGUAUUCCCAGUCAGAGUGUUAGACACAAAACGAGGCAGCCUGUGGUUUAAGAAGGACAACAAGUUUAAGAUACCUAAAGCAUAUGUGCGUUUAUAUCUGCUGACGCCAAUCAUUCAGCAAAGCCCAGCAAAUCUGGUACUGUUUGACAUCUUUGUAAAUAUCCUGGCGCACAAUCUUGCUGAGCCGGCGUAUGAUGCGGAUGUGGCCCAGUUGGAGUACAAGCUGGUGGCGGGGGAGCACGGCCUGAUCAUCCGGGUGAAGGGCUUCAACCACAAACUACCUCUGCUGCUACAACUCAUCGUGGACUACCUGGCUGACUUCAGUACUUCCCUGAACGUGUUUACAAUGUUUGUGGAGCAGCUGAAGAAAUCCUACUUCAACGUCCUCAUCAACCCUGAGAGACUUGGCAAAGACGUACGCCUUCUGAUCCUGGAACACUGUCGUUGGUCGAUGAUGCAGAAGUACGAGGCUCUCAUGGAGGGUCUGAGCGUGGACGAUCUCAUGAACUUCGUCAAAAGUCUGAAGUCUGAGCUGUAUGUGGAGGGUUUGGUACAAGGCAACUCUACCAGUGCAGAAUCCAAGGAGUUCCUGGAAUAUUUAAUUAACAAACUUCAGUUCAGCCCACUGACAGUUGAGGCUCCGGUUCUGUUCCGCGUGGUAGAGCUGCCAGGGAAACACCACAUAUGCAAAGUCCGUUCCCUGAACAAGGGGGAUGCCAACUCUGAGGUCACAGUGUACUUCCAGUCAGGCAGGAAGAAUUUAUGGGAACACACCCUGAUGGAGUUACUAGUGAUGCACAUGGAGGAACCGUGCUUUGAUUUCUUGAGGACAAAGGAAACACUAGGAUAUCAGGUUUACCCCCUCUGCCGUAACACCUCCGGUGUCCUUGGAUUCUCUAUUACAGUCGAGACACAAGCGACAAAGUUUUCAACCGAUUUUGUCGAGUCCAAAGUGGAGGAGUUCCUGGUAAGCUUUGGUGAGAAGCUGAUGAACCUGAGCGACGAGGCGUUUGAGAUGCAGGUGACCGCCCUGAUUAAGCUGAAGGAGUGCGAGGACACCCAUCUGGGGGAGGAAGUGGACCGCAACUGGUUUGAAGUGGUGACUCAGCAGUACGUCUUUGACCGACUCAGCAAGGAGAUAGAGGCUCUGAAGCGCAUCACCAAAGCUGAUCUACUAAACUGGUACAUGGAGCACAGGCAAAGCAACAGCAAGCGACUCAGCAUUCAUGUGGUUGGUUUUGGAGAGGCAGAGGGAGACAAGCCCGAGGUCGAUGAGUCCAGUUGCCCGUCAACGACUCAACUUGGAGAGAAGGCAUCAACAAUUUCCGCAUAUGGAGAAGUCAACAAACUCACCUUCCUGGAGCCCUCCUCUCUGCUCUCCGACAUCACCAUGAUCGACAACAUCCGCCAGUUCACCGCGUCUCUCACCCUCUAUCCAUACCACAAGAUUCUUAAAUGAGAAGAGCCCUCUCCCCCCCAACUACAUUUGUUUCAGACUGACUGUUAUCCACCUGUCUAUUUCUGCUACAAUAGGAUCGAACCACUAAAGAUGUUCUUGAAUGUUCAAGUCAAUAAAGACAGAAAUUAUAAGAGCAAGAAUUUCUAGAAAUAAACACCACUCAAGUCA